AUGGACCUUCCUGAUUCGGAUAAAAAUGAAGUUAUCCGUGCUACAAGUAAUUUACUUUUGCGUGUUAUAAUACCAUUUUAGCCUUGGCUCCGUUUGUAUUCAUCAGUGGAAAUGACGCGAAGAUCAGAGAUGCCCUCCGAGUUCUGGCCCCUCAUAUUCCGAUCUCAAUUCUUUCCUUUGAUCUGCUAGAGAUUCAAGGAGAGCCUUCAGAAGUUGCCAUCCACAAAUGCAAUGAGGCCCUCAAGAUGACAAAAGGCAAUGUGAUCAUCGAGGACACGGGUCAGUCCUUCGCUUUACACCCUGCCAUUCUCAAAUCAUCUCAAUCAAAGGUCGUUAAAGAGUAAUUGAUGAGUUUCAGCGCUUUGUUUGGAGGCCCUUGGAGGAAUGCCGGGACCUUACAUCAAGUGGUUUAUCCAUUCCCUGGAUUUGGACGGACUGUACAAGAUGCUGGUUGGCUUCAAUUCUUUCAAAGCUACGGUAAUUUCUACGGUGGCCGUGGGAUUGUAUAAUUCUGAUGGGAAGACGGAAGUCUUGUUGUUUGAGGUAAUGUAUAAUAAUUUAGAUUCUUUUUAAUUCCAUAUUACACUUGUGACUACUUUAAAUCUUCAAUUAGUAAUGACAUGACCAUAUAACACUAAAAGUCAUCCUUUCAGGCACGAGUCGACGGUCAGAUUGUGAGUCCGCGCGGGAAUCUGGGCGAUCGGAAUGGGUGGGACCCCUGCUUCGAACCAAACAAUCAGUCAAUGACCUACAGCGAGAUGGACCCCGAGGCGAGGAAAUUACACUGUGCACGUCAAAUGGCUCUCCGAAAGGCUUUGCUUCAUUUACAAACAAGAAAAUAA